UUGGGGAUUCCCCGUAUAUUAAACACGCUGUGCUUGAACACCAAACCUCACUUUCGUUGUAAACUCCCAACGUAUACGCAUAUACUAACUUUGCAAACUCUUGUUGCCAAAAUGAUGACAGAUGAGACACCACCAUCGAAACGAAAACGUAUUUUUGCUGAUGAUGAGAAACAGCCGAAAGCCUCUGCGUGUAUUGAUGCCUUUCUUCAAUGGCUUGCUGAAGAAAAGUUUGCGUUGUCUAAGAAAAUUAAAAUAUCAGAACGAAAUUCCUGCCAUAGAUUUGGACUAUCGGCUUCAGAGGAUAUAUCAAAUGGUGAACUACUAUUCUCAGUACCAAGGGAUUCGUUGUUAUGGGAAAAGAAUUGCAGCAUUUCUAAAAGAUUAAAUGCUUGUGAUAAUUUAAAUGGGGGCAGUGGCUGGGUGAAGAUAAUUCUAUGUUUGAUGUACGAACACACAAAACCAAGUUCAAGGUGGAAACCAUAUAUGGAUUUCUUGCCACCAGUAUCUUGCAUGGACCAACCAUUACACUGGGACCCAGAUAUCAGAGAAAAAAUGCUUGAAGGUUCUGGAUUAAAUGAAAUGGUUGUAAAUGAUGUUGCAAUGAUGGAGAAUGAGUAUAAGGAGAAAGCUCUACCUUUUAUUAAAUCAAAUUCUGACAUUGGAUUUAGUGAGAAGACGCAUACACUCGAGUUGUACAAACACAUGGCUUCUGUGGUCAUGGCCUACAGUUUUACUGAGCCAACGGUGGAUGAUGAUGAUGAACGUACCCCUCCUAUCAUGGUACCUGUUGCUGAUGUACUUAACCAUGUCUCAAGGAACAAUGCACAUUGAUGUUUGAACCUGACGCUUUAAAAAUGGUUGCUACACGUGAUAUCACUGCUGGCCAGGAAAUCUUUAACACUUACGGCCAGCUGGCCAAUUGGCAACUACUACAAAUGUAUGGCUUUGUAGAAUUUGAACCACACAACUUGUAUGAUACUGUUGAUAUUCCUAUUAAGGAUGUCUUUAAACUAGCACAACAUGAUUGCGGUGAACUGGAAGCAAAAAUCAAAUGGUUGGAGCAAUGUGGCUUAGGCAAUGACAGCAAAUUGACCAUAGGCUGGAAAGGAGUUUUAACGAUAUCCGAAUUUAAAUUAAUAUUUAAAGUCCUUUUUAUGAAGAAGGAAGAGUUUAUGGAGUUUAAAGAUAAGGAUGAAGAUUGGGAGUCUGACUCUUCGGAUGAAGAAUCAGAAGAAGAUGAGAUGCAGGUUGCCACAUUUGCAUCCAUUUCUAUUCGGUUAAACAAAGAUCAGAAGCAGUUACUUGCAAAUGUGAUACAAAGCUGCCUUAAAAAAUACACAACAAAAUCUUUUGUUUGUGAUUUUAGUGACAAUCUAAACAAAUCCCGUGCUGAAAAAAGCUACCAAUUAAUAACUGCCCAGUGCUCAAUUCUCAAGCUGCUAUUAAAAAGCAUACAAUAAUAAAUUUUUAUUCAUACUGUACCGUUUCACAUUUUUAUGUCAGUUGUAUGAUACAUCGUAGCUGUACCUCACUGAACUACCAACUGUACAUGGCUUUUUAUACCAUUCGAACCACAGGCAUUGUGUAAAACUGGCCAUUUAAGCUAGUUGAUAUAGAGUGAUUUUGGAAAUAUGAACUUAACUUUCUUAAAGAAUAAAGUAGUGCAUUACCCGA